AUGUCGGGCCAUCAACGUGAGGUCGAUCUGCCUCAGCUCUUCAGCGAUGUCUCUCGAACAAUCAGUGGAAUUUCGAACAUUAUGGGAGCUGGACUUGGUCAAGAUCAGCCUCUUCUAGACGGCGAUUCAACCUCCGGUGCAUCAUCAUCAUCCUCAUCUUCUGGACCUUCAAUGAUGUCAGGCCUCUUUGGUAAUACUUGCUUCAAAGCAUGUGGUAUGGAAGAUAUACAGUAUGCUGCUAGAUCAGCAGGAGACAUGUUUCUGUCUUUCCGUGUUUGUAUUAUUAUUUUCACAAUUGUGGCUCUGCUUUGCCUUCUAACCUUAACAGCUACUGUUGUCUACUUAGUCUGCAAAAAGCAAAGCCCAUCACGUCGGUUUCCACUUCCAGCUUUUGUUCGUGAUGUUUUUCCGAGUAAAGAUGGAGCAGCAAAAGACGAAAAUCAAAACUCAUAA